AUGCGUGUUUUAGUUUUUUCGGUAGCGAUAGCCCUUCUGGGUGCCGCGCUCGGAGAUGAUAUUCCUACGGAAGAUAAUGUGCUUGUACUCACCAAAGCUAAUUUUGAUUCUGUUGUUUCCUCUACGGACUUCGUUUUAGUAGAAUUCUAUGCACCAUGGUGUGGACACUGCAAAUCGCUCGCACCGGAGUAUGCCAAGGCUGCUACAAAAUUGGCAGAAGAAGAAUCUCCUAUUAAGUUGGCUAAAGUUGAUGCAACUCAGGAACAAGACAUUGCUGAAUCUUACAAAGUCAAAGGUUACCCUACACUGAUCUUCUUUAAGAAAGGAACCCCUAUUGAUUAUUCUGGUGGCCGCCAAGCUGAUGAUAUUAUAGCAUGGUUGAAGAAGAAGACUGGCCCUCCUGCUGCUGAAGUCACUUCUGCUGAACAAGCCAAGGAGCUCAUUGCUGCUAACAAUGUCAUUGUAUUUGGUUUCUUCCCCGAUCAAGAUUCAGAGAAAGCUAAGGCUUUCUUAAAUACUGCUGGAUUAGUUGAUGAUCAAGUAUUCGCUAUUGUAUCUGAUGAAAAAGUAAUUGAAGAACUCGAAGCCAAGGCAGAAGAUGUUGUUCUAUACAAAAACUUUGAAGAUCCACGUAACAAGUUUGAAGGAGAAGAGUUCAAUGAAGAUUCUCUCAAGGCCUGGGUGUUCGUUCAGAGUAUGCCAACCAUUGUGGAAUUCUCCCACGAGACCGCUUCAAAGAUCUUCGGUGGUCAGAUCAAAUACCACCUGCUUUUGUUCCUGUCCAAGAAAAAUGGCGAUUUCGAGAAGUACCUCGAUGAUCUGAAACCCGUUGCCAAGAACUACCGCGACAAGAUCAUGUUCGUCGCCAUCGACACUGAUGAAGAUGAUCACCAGAGAAUCCUGGAGUUCUUCGGCAUGAAGAAGGAUGAGGUGCCCUCCGCCCGUCUCAUUGCUCUGGAACAGGACAUGGCUAAGUACAAGCCUACAAGCGAUGAGCUCAGUGCUAACUCUAUUGAGGAAUUCGUGCAAUCCUUCUUCGCGGGUACCCUGAAACAACACCUUCUCAGCGAAGAGCUGCCCGCCGACUGGGCCGCCAACCCCGUCAAGGUGCUCGUCGCUUCUAACUUCGAUGAAGUCGUCUUCGAUAACACCAAGAAGGUCCUAGUGGAGUUCUACGCACCAUGGUGCGGACAUUGCAAACAGUUGGCUCCAAUCUACGACAAGUUGGGAGAGCACUUUGAGAAGGACGACGAUGUCGUUAUCGCCAAGAUCGAUGCCACCGCCAACGAGCUCGAGCACACCAAGAUCACCUCCUUCCCAACCAUCAAGCUGUACACUAAAGAUAACCAGGUGCGCGAGUACAACGGCGAGAGGACGCUGAGCGGCCUCACCAAGUUCGUGGAGACCGAGUCCGAGGGGGCGGAGCCGGUGCCCUCUGUGAGCGAGGAUGAUGAAGACGACGACGCGGCGCCAAGAGAUGAGUUA